AUGUCGUCCCUCGGCGUCACACUGCCCGCUGCGGCACGCAGCAUUCUCUCGUCAUGCCGAUCGUCGAUCCGGGAGGCUACCAUUGUCCCUGCUUUCCCGGCCUUUCGUCAGGUUCGGGGUAUGGGAAGCAAUCCGCAAGCCAAGGGCAAGGGGAAGAAAGCAGCAGCCAAGACUUCUCGCCGCGGGCCCCAGGAAUUCAGGCAAAAGAGCUUGAAGGAUAUGGAGCAAUUUGCUUUGUGUGAUGCGAUGCGCUAUAUUCGUGCCCUGGAGGUCGGCCGCAAUCCCACAUCUGUGAAAUACGAGGCGCACAUUCGCUUGCGAACGAGGAAAGAUGGUCCCGUUAUCCGAAACAUGAUCCGAUUUCCCCAUGCCGUCCAAACAGAAUCCCGCAUCUGUGUUAUCUGUCCCCCGGACUCGAAGCAAGCGAAGGAUGCGCUCGCUGCAGGCGCAGUGCUUGUGGGCGAAGAGGAGGUCUUUGAAGCUGUGAAGGCAGGCAUAAUUGAGUUCGACCGGUGUUUGGCUCACCCAGACAGUGUUCCGGCUUUGAACAAGGCUGGACUGGGUCGUAUCCUCGGUCCCCGAGGCCUGAUGCCCAGCGCCAAGGCCGGUACUGUUGUCGAAGACGUUGCUUCUCGUGUCGAGGAUCUUCGCGGAGGUACCGUCUACCGUGAGCGUGAUGCUGUCAUUCGUCUUCCUAUUGGUCAACUGGGAUUCUCUCCGGAGCAAUUGCGCGACAACCUGCGGACAACGAUUGAGCAAAUCAAGAAGGAUGCCUCCGGUCUUAACGACCGUAUCAACAAGGAAAUCUACGAAGUGGUCCUGAGCUCUUCUAAUGGCCCCGGCUUCAGCCUGAAUGGAGAGUUUAAGACCGACGCCUCCCCCGAAACCUCUGCCUUGACCGGCGUGUAA